AUGGAGCUGCUUGCGCGGAGGGAUCGGGCGAGGAGGAACAAGGACUUCGAGGUGGCGGAUGCAAUCAGGGACGAUCUGCUGCUCGAGUUGAACGUGCACGUUGACGACAAGGAGCGAGCAUGGUGGCCGGAUGGGACGAUGCCCGAGUUCCUGGCGAAUGCAAAGGCAGAAGGAGGAAGGGGAAGGGCAAAGAUGGAGACGUUCGGAUGGGUGAGGGGGGAGCCAAAGAACAUUCCCUUGGACGAAAUGUUGAUCUAUCAGCUCCUGAGCCGACGAGAGAUCGCGAGAAGAAAUCGAGAGUUUGACCUUGCGGACGACCUGAUGGAUCAACUGCGAAGGUCUGGCGUCUCGUUCUGCGACGACAACUCCAAGGUCUGGUACGCGAGCUCAGCAGACGACAAGAUAUCAGCGAGGAGAACUGGGGACUGGGACUGCGAGAAGUGCGGAGCUCUUGUGUAUGGCUCCAAGGACGUCUGCUUCCGCUGUGGCAACCCGCGAACCAUGGUAGUGAUGCUCGGUGCUGACUUGGGCGUACCUCUGACUUGGGAAGGAGCAGAGCUUCGGAGAGGACAGCGGGAUUUCGAGGAGGCAGGAGUCGGCGAGCCCCGUCAAGGAUCGGAAGCCGGCGUACAAGAGGAGGUGGAGCAGCAGGAAGGAGACGAUGCCCAAGUCGACGAGGAAGAGGUCGAGGAGCUGAUUCAAGUCAGAGAGAAGGCGCGGAGGUUCCGAAAGUUCAGAGAGGCCGAUGAGAUCCGACAGGAGCUGAUGGACAUGGGAGUCGCCAUUGACGAUCAGGAGAGAGUCUGGUGGGUCGAUGGCAGGCAACGCAACGACCGAGGAGGAGGAAGGAGGGACGGCAACAGAAGAGGACGGAGCAGGCGCAGCGAGGACGGACGGGGAGACUUCGGCGACUACAGCAGGGAGGAUCUGGGAUGGGAUUGA